CACAACAUUUGGUAAAAUCGAAACUGAGAAAUAAUUACUUUAUCCUCGCUUCCUUUUAUUUUCCCGGUUUCCUUCUUCUACUACUUUAUUUCUGAUUUAUUGUUUUCUUUAUUUUUGUUACCCAAGUAACAUGUUCAACGCGUCAUCACACAUUACAAGAAAAUACGUUCCCAACUUUGGUCCUACCAUCAUUACUCAAAGGUUGUCUUUUAUGAAACAUUUUUGCCUUUGAAACUACCACAAAGAUUCGCCAUAAUUCCCAAGAUCUUCUCUUCCUCUGUAUACCUCGCUUCUUAAAGAAAAGACUUCUCAAUUUUUAUUCAUUAGUCAAUAGAUACUCAUGUUAUUGCUUUCUUUUUAAAUAUAUUCGAGCAAUUGAAAUUUUUAGUAUCUAUUAUAUGGUUUAUUUUAGACUUGUAUUUUUAUUUUUUGCGUAGCUUUUCUUUUUUCUUUUUUCUUUUUUUCUUUUCUGGUGAAUUCCUUUCUUCUCUUUUCAGGCUAUUUUCUAUCUAAUCAUCAGUAUUUGCAUUUGUUAAUUAUCAUUUUCGGGGUUUCUGUCAUUCUUGUUAAGAAUGUCGACCAUCGAUGACCAAGAAAAGUACUUUCGCAGUGGAUUGAGAACCGAAAAUGUCUUUGAUAACACCGAAACUAUGAUGAAAGAGAUGAACGAAACUUCUAUUGAAAGUGACGAUGUUAUGAAAAAGCAAAAGUCCAAGUUCAAGGGAAUCUACUAUAUUACCGGUUUUUACAAAUGGUUCAUGAACCUCUCUUUCAUCACUCGUUGGUUGGCUUUAUGGUUUCCUUUGGCAUGCUUAUUGGUCAUUCCCUUGGCCGUAGGUGCCUCACCAAAAUACCGCUAUGCGAAGCUAGGUACUGUCCGAAUUUUCUGGGUUUUUCUUUGGUUUGAAAUUGCUUGGGGUGGCUUUUGGGUUUCUCGUUUGGUCGCAAAGUUCAUUCCUUAUUCCUUAUACACAAUUGUUGGAAUUUUUCCUUUCACAGCUUACAAACUCUCUAUCAUCAUUUCUGCUAUUGAAUUGCCUUUGGCUUUCUUUUUCACCUGUAUAAUUGGCAUCUGCACAUUCCCACCUUUAAUGAUAAACAAUUCCGCUCCUGUGUCUUAUGGUUCGAGAAAUACAACGGUAACACCUUCAGCUUCCGGCGCCAACAAUGUCAACCCCAAUAUAGAUUUGGCCAAUUCGUUUUCCAUUGCCUCUAACGUUCAGCCUUGGAUUAAAGUGUGUACAAAAAUCAUCGGUGCCUUUGUUAUCCUUAGUAUCGUUCUUCUUUUGGAAAAAACAUGCUUACACUUUAUUGGCUUCCAUUACCAUGAAGUACAAUAUCAGUUUCGAAUUGCUGACAAUAGAAAGCAUCUUUCCAUGCUGACCAAGCUAUUUUUAGCAUCAAUGAAAGCCCCAUACAAAGAUUCUCCCUUUGUUUUACAACAAGAUGAUAUCCUCAACUUAGGUGCCUCUGAUUCUUUAAUCAAGGAACAUACACCUCGUCAUAUUCGACAGGUAAAGCGCAUCACAAAAAAUGCGAAAAAAGCCUUUAGGAAAACAAGGGUAGUAGUUGGUACCGUCUUUAAUAAUAUCGUUGGUCACUCGCGUAGGCCGUUUACUCCAGAAGAAGAGUAUAUUAUCGAAAUGCUUCGAUCCCGAAAGAGAAGUCUUGCUAUCGCUCGAAGGAUUUGGUAUGCCAUUGUACCUGCAGGAGAAGACUCUUUUAAAAAAGAGGAUCUUGCAGGUCUUAUUUCUGAUAACGAUGACAUUAUUUCUAUAUUUGAGGUUUUAGACAGAGAUUAUAGUCGUAGUAUCAGCUUGGACGAAUUAGAGCAGUUCUGUAGAGAAAUAGCUGACGAAUUCUUUUCUAUUCGGGUUUCGUUACGAGAUGUGGAUGUAGCCUUAUCCAAGUUGGAUCGCGUGGGACUUGCAGCAGUUGGUAUUAUCGGUAUUCUCAUUUUUGUUUCCUUCUUGGAUACAUCCUUUGCAACCAUUCUGGCGGCGUAUGGAACAACUCUUCUGAGUUUGUCCUUUAUUUUCGCUACCACGGCUCAGGAAUUGAUGUCUUCUAUCGUUUUCUUAUUCAGUAAGCACCCAUUUGAUAUUUCAGACAUAGUUGUCAUCAACGGGACAAAGUAUGAGGUGGUAACAUUAUCGUUACUGUACACUGUUUUUCGUACCAUGAGUGGCUCGACAGUACAAGCCCCUAAUUCUUUAUUGAACACCUUAUUCAUUGAGAAUUUGCGACGCAGUUUGCCCCAAAGCGAGUCAAUAACAUUGACCGCUCCUUUUGCGACGGACUUUAAGCAAUUGGAACACCUGCGUCACCUGUUGCUUGGGUUUGUAAAGGAGAAUGAUUGUGAUUUUCGACCUCUUUUGGACUUGUCAGUGCAAGAUUUUUCAGCCUUGGAUUCACUGAAGUUUACGAUAACUUUUUACUACAAAUCAAAUUGGCAGAAUACUGCUUUACAAGCCAUACGACGAAAUAAAUUCAUGUGUGGUCUUAUCAAUGCAGUUCGAGACGUGAAUUUGCCAGCUGUGGGUGAUCCAGUUCGUGGUUCUCCCGAUUACCCAUUUGUUAUUGAGCAAUUUACAAAAGAGAACCUAAAGCCUCUUUCGGAUCAUAGCAUCAGGCCUUCAUUUACUGACGUAUCUUCUACCUCCAGCUCUCCCUUAUUAAAACGUACGCCAAGCGCUUCUUUCACCAACAAUAAAACAGAGAAGCAAGAAAGCACACCCCCAGGUGACGAAAGACUAAAAAAAGAAGCAACUGCAAAGUCCGCUAACUCUAACACUAAUGCGGCUCCUGUAGGCUACAUUCGUCAGACGCUAGCCACUUGGCAAGUCCCCGAACUUAUGAAUUCCUUGAACGCUUUGGAUAGGAAUCAGGAGAUUUCCCAAGAAAUUCGAACUACACAGGGAUCCCAAACGUUUACCGCUGAUGACCAGGCUGAAAACCCCGAAGAAGUCUUGGCAACCGAUGAACAUAGCAGUUCUUCUGAUCAGUGAUUAUUUAUUACCAUGUCCUUUAAAAGUUCUUAUAUUUAUUUUCCAGUGUAACAUUAAUUGACCGAAAACAAAAUAGAUAAUCUGUCAAUGUUCAAUAGUAUCUUCAAAAAUUUAAUAAAGUCUAAUAUACGUUCUACAAGGUUGACUGAU